AUGGCCAAAGACCACCCUGCUCCGCAGGCUUCGGGCUAUUUGACCCUGGCGGCCUACAAGAUCAAGGCAGCCACUUCGGAGGCGACGGAGUUCGCCGCCAGCGGCCAGCAGCUGUACAUGCAGCUGCCAGGGGACAGCGCCAUGCACGGCGUGUACACGGUGAAGGAUGGGAACCUGGUGAAGCUCGCAGAGAUCCAGGCCGGCGACACCGAGUCGUUCGUGGCUACCGGGAUUAACAUCGAGGCCUUUGGCUUGAAGGCUUCGCCGUACGGCCCGAUAGCUUUCGGGCCGUAUCACAGCAGCUAUGCCAGCGAGUCCAUUGAUGAUUGGCAGCAGUUGCCCAGGACGGGCCUCUCUUUGAUGCAGCAGGACUUCUCGGACCUGCCGGAGACGCCGGAGAGCUCGCGGCCCGCCAAGCCGGGGGACGCGGGGGGCGGCUGCGCCAAGGCCACCGGCGCCAACGAGGGGAAGAUCUGCAUCCGCGUCAAGGACCACUUCGGCUUCGAGCGCCCGCUCCUGUCGUUCCCCGAGUUGGCGUGGAUCAAUCAAGUGGCCCUGCGCAUGGUGCAGAAGCAGGGGGUGGUGCCUAAGGCCGUCAAAGGCCAGGAGGUGACACCUGAGAACAUGCAUCAGCUAGCCCACCUCCAGCCGAUUUACAGAGUGGGUGAGGAGGAAGUCGAGGAGGCAAAGCUCACGGAGAUGCUGUCCAGCGGGCAAGAGAUGCGCCUGAUUGUAGACUGGCAUCCGCUGCCGGGGCAUCCACACGCGCCCCCCAGUGAGGAGACAGUGGGAGAGGACAUCGAGAUCACCAGCGAUGUGGAUGAGCUCGCAGACGAGGCGGCGGAUAAGCAUGGCAAGAAACUGGCGGCGGAUACGGACAAGGCCGCCUCUGAAGCGAAGUUGGGAAAGGAGACCAGCAGCUUGAACCCCUUCGGAAAUCUCACCGCCGCUGUAUCAGAGGCCAAGGAAGGCGUGGGCGGACUGGCCGGGGGCUUCACGGGGUUUUUGGCCAACACCGGGGACCUCUGGAAGUGCAUCGACGGCCUGCCGCAUCAGUACUCCCUCUCCUACAUGAUGUCGAUCGCCUCGAAGCCCGGAGAGUUGCCCAAGAACCUCUGGCGGACCUACGUGAAGCCAGCCUUCACCAGCAUCGAGGUCUGGGCCGGCGUGAGCGUGCGGGAGGUGAUGCACGGCACUCGGGAGGUCUUGGUGAACAUGGGGCCUUCUGACGACCAGCGCAAGUGCGUGACCGUGCACGCGGGGUCCCUCAAAUGCGCUCCAACGGCAGCCGAGAAAGGAGAAGCAGGCAGUCGCUGGAAGGGCAAGGAGGGCGAAGGCAGCUUUGAGGUGACCUUCGAGGGGGAAGAGGUGUGCGCCUCCCGCACAGACGGGGCCAAGUGGGACUUCGACCUGGGCUUCACCUGCAAGGACGAGUACAAGGAGUACGUCAUACCUAUUGGGCCAAUUGAGGAAGACGAGGGGGAGCCCAACAAGAAGUGCGUCACGGUGGACGCGGAGGAUUUGUUCUGUCACCCAGAUGCCGCCAAUGCGGGUCACCGCAUCAACACGGAGAUCACUGCUGAGGGCACCUACUCUGUGUCCACCUCCGGACAAGAGAUCUGCGUCGAGCGCACCGACAAUGCGGAGCCCUGGACGAUGAAUCUGCGCAUCAUUUGCUUUGCGCGGUCUUUGAAUAUGGACAUCACCUUGCUGGCGGACGGCACCUGGAAGAUGCUGGUGAUUGACGGCCUCUGGCUGAAGCUUAGGCGACCAGCAGCGACCAAGCAGCAACGCUACGCGCUAAAGCGAUCCGAUGGGUCCGAUAUGGAGCUGGUGCGGCAUGGCGGCGCCACCUUGGCGGUCGCCUCCCUGGCCUUGCUGGCCUUCCACCCGACCUUCCACGGCACGUGGGAGUUCCUUUGGGACGAUCUGGAGAACUUCGGCCCAGAGGCGCAACCUUUCCUGCGCGUGACCUGGGCCAACUUGGCAGCCUGGGGCGGCCCUGAAACCGCCGCCUUCUCGCUGCGGGUCUACGAGCCUCUGGCCCUUGCGCUGAAGAGCUGCGCCGCGGAGGCCGCGGAGCUCAGCUGCCGGAACCUCCACAUCCUGGCGGGCGCGUGUCAUGCCCUGGCCGCGGCCUUGGCCUUUCUGGGCACCAAAGCCAUCGCGCGAGGGGACGAGGACCUCACCUGGCGCAGCGCCUUAGGCGCAGGUCUCUUCGCGGUGCACCCCCUCUGCGCGCAGGUGGUGUGCUGGGCCUCCUGUUUGCCCUACAUUUGGUCCACCAUCUUCUCCUGGCUCGCCGUGCUGCUCUUCCUCCACAGCCUCCGUUCCGGCGCCGCCGCGGUCGCCGGGCGCUCCGCGGCGCUCUCGGCGGCGUGCUACGCGGCGGCGGCGCUGUGCAAAGCGGCGGCGCUGCCGCUGCCGGCGAUGCUGACUUUGCUUCGGCUCUCCUACGGGCAGCCGGCGAAGCGACCGCCUGAGCUCUUGCACUGGUUGGGCUUUUGCGUGCUUCUUCGCUGGGCCCUCCUGGCAGCACAGGACGGCGAGGAGGUGCAGAGUGUCGCCGUGCAGCUGACGCCGCAGGACAACCUCCUGAGGGCCGCGGGCUCCGUGUUCGCCCACCUCAUGCUCUUGUGGCCCGGCGAGGCGGUGCCUUUCCAGCCGCUGGCCCUGGCUGGGCUGACGCCCGCCCAGCGCUGGCUGGGCGCCUUCGCAGCGGCGCUCCUCGCGAUGUCCGCGAGCUACGCGCUGUGGCGCCUCAGAGAGGCCCGGUGGUGCAGCCUUUGGCUUAGCUUUUUGGCGCUGCUGUCGCCCUGCCUGCAGCUGGUGCAGCACGGAGAUCCGGUGUGGUUCGCGGACCGCUACGGGUACUUGCCCAUGUGCCUGGUGCUUCCUUCGGUGGUGGUUUUGCUGCCGAAGUCUCGAGCGCGGUGGGCGCUGGCAGGGCCUCUGCUGGCGCUGUUGGCCUACCAGAGCCAAGGCCGCUGCCAGCUCUGGCGCAACGGCACGGAUCUCUGGGCCGCCGCCGCGGCCAGCAAUCCGCAGUGGCCAGAGUUCCACCAUCAGCUGGGAGUCUGCCUUGCCGCCUCCUCGCGGCACGCGGAGGCGGAAGCGGCGCUCCGCAACGCCUGGGCCCUGCGGCAGGAUGCGAUCACCGCCAAGGCGCUGGGGCACCUGGAGGGCUUGAAGAAGCCGAAGGAGGGCCUGCGCUGGUUGGCCGAGGCCUUGGCCCUGGGGCUCUCCAAAAAGCAGGCCGCCUCCGCCCUGCACGACAUGGCGGCCUUGGAGUCCCGCAAGAAGAGGCCAAAGCUGCAGCGUGUCCUCGAGCUCUACAAUCAAUCCUUGCAGCUGGCUCCCAGACGCGGCCUCACGCAGGAGAGCUUCGGCCUGGCGCUGGCGGUGGCGGAGCGUUUCCCGGAGGCGGUGCAGGCGCUGCAGGCGGCCAGAUCCCUGGGACGCAACGGCGCGGACCUGCACCACGGGCUCGGGCACGCGCUGCUGGCGCAAGGCCGCGCAGCGGAGGCGCAAAGCGCCUUUGAGGAGGCGCUAAGGCUGCGUCCCAAGUGGACCGAGGCCAGGUUUGGAGUUGGCAGAAUCGGCGGAAUCGCGGGAAUCGUGGAGACCAGGCAUUUGUCGGACAUGGAGGGCCUGGAGCUGGGACGCUGUGUCCUGCGACACCUGCUGGAACCCGUGAAGGAGCCCUUGAUCGAAAUGAUCAUGAAGGCUUUGAAGGUGGUGGAUCAGCUUGUGAUUUGGGCCUUGGAGCAGCUGGGAUAUCUCAUCGGCCAGGUGGUCAAGGCCCAUCGAAUCGGAUCGGAGCGGAGUGAGGCACCUGGCAGUUGA